AUGAUGCACAGACAAGCCUAUGCGCCUACGCCGCAUAGCUACGUUCCUAGUUCGAGCCUCUCGGCAACCAUCAACCUCGACGAGGCAAGCAGGGAAGUCAAGCUCACCAACUCGCGGGCCGAACGCGACUUGCAAGACUCACUUGCAGAAUUGUUCAGCAUCAUCGUCACCCUCGAUGAGCUGGAGAAGGCCUUCCUCAAAGAUGCCAUCCCGGAGGCCGAGUACACGGAGAUCUGCGAGCGCUCGCUGCGGCAGUACAAAGCGUUGCUCGCCGAUGAGACGAUCGCACGCGAGUUCCGUGGUCUCGAAGAGUUCAAGUCCAGCUGGGAUCUUGAGGCUCCCCGGGCCACCGAACGGCUCCGUGUCGGGAUGCCAUCGACGACGGUAACGGCCUCGUCCUCGUCGACGGCGCCGGCCCCUUCGACCACCAACAAUACGAGCGGAGUUCUCAUCCUCGAAGCGACCCAAGAGUUCAUCACCUUUCUCGACGCCGUCAAGCUUGGCAUGCUCUCCAAGGACCAGCUGCACCCGCUCCUCUCGGACGUUAUCCAGUCGGUCAACCGCGUCACCGACGUCGAUUUCGACCACCGGGGCAAAAUCGUCCAAUGGCUCAUCACUCUGAAUCAGAUGAAAGCGACGGAGGAGCUGAGCGAACAACAAGCGAGGGAGCUGGAGCUGGAUAUCCAACAGGCAUACCAAGGCUUCCGUCGAACCCUGACGUGA